AUGAUCAUCGUCGCUCCUGAUAUUGAGGCCACCGACGCUGCGUCCACACACACUCUUGUCACUCAGGAGUACCAAAAGGUUCCUCGACAUCUCCCCAUUUUACUAUAUUCAUCCUUCCUUGUGUCGGCCCUGGCGUUGGCAUUCACCAUCGCCAACCUUCUCAGCUACACCUAUGACUAUCUGCCUAAUAUCAUCGUACCCGUGGUGCUGGGAUUUGUCUGCAUCCUCCCUCAUCACGGCGCGGUCGUGCUCCUUCAGUGGCUUGAAAAACAUGAAAGCGAGUCCAUCUUUCCUUUCGCUCCGACAUCUCCUCGAGCAAUCAUCUACUCCUUCGUUUCGUUGAUACUGUGGGCCACGUCCAUGGUAAUGUGCGCUAUAAAUCUCCAUAGGAACAUGCAACCCAUCCCCAACUGUCACCUUGACUCCCUCUCGUCAAACAAAUGUAUAACAUAUUACUACGCUCCGACCGUGACUGAAAACUGGAGCGCCGUGGCCUCAACCCUUGCAUCCUCUUUGGAGACGAUUCUCACCUCUGCAAUUACAUUGUCUUGCUUCCUCCACAGGAGACGAGAAUGCAAUCGCCCCUCUCAACCUGAAAAUUUGCCGGCCCCUUCCACCUCGCCACCCGUAGUAAAGAUGCUGCCUGGAUCCGGAUGA